GAUGACCAUGUCUUGGAUACCAAACAAAGAUAGGUGGUUAUCCUCUUGUAAACGAUGGUUAUUGCCUCUUCAAAAACUGGACACCAUGUUCAUGUCAAAUUAUUAGUUUCCAAGCGUAUGAAUUUGAUGUUUUAAGGGAAAAAAUCUGGUGUUCAUAAAAUGAUCCAUUCUGUAGUGGUCGCAUCAGCACGAACGCUAAAAUCACAACCUAUGUCGAUGCAAUUUAUUGAGAUGAACAUUUAGACGGACACAAUCCUCCAUUUUCACAAUGAUUCGGAAUCUCGCCGUUAUUCCUGCCAUUGCAAACGGCUGUCCAUCAGUUUACAGUUUGAUCAAUGUGUACGCUCGAAUAAUUAACUUUUUUUCCUCAAUAGGUGUUUGAUUUGAUUAUUUUCCAGUUCUGACUGUAUUUGCAUCUGAACAAUUAAACUUGACGGUUCGUCAAUAAAAUGGUACAUAAUUUAAUUGUUUAACAUGUGUCAAUUUGUGAGUAUUUUGUUUUCAGAUCUGGGCGUAAGCACACAAAACUCUAGUCAACCCAGGAGCGGUGUCACCAGCUGCGCUUUACACGCCCUUAUCCCCCCGGGGUACAAUCACUGGGUGUUUUGCUGAUCUGCUGUUAUUCGAACAAAUGCCAAAAACACAAUCGCGUUCAACACUUCACAGAUCUCCGCCUUGAAGAUGGCAACCGGCUUAGCCCAGGACGCUUUAGGGGAAGAAUUAACUUGUGCGAUCUGUUUGGAGAUCUACACGGACCCUGUGGUACUCGACUGCAAACACAGCUUCUGUUGUGCCUGCAUCGAGGAAACUUGGAAUGAGACGAACAUAGUCAGCUACUCGUGUCCCGAAUGCAGGGCGGAAUACAGCGAGAGGCCAGUGCUGGAGAGGAACUUCAAACUGGCAAAUAUUGUUCAAAGAUACCUGGCUCUGGAGGUCUCCCGGAAUGCGAUUUUAUGCAACUACUGCACUCAAAAACGGCGACCGGCUGUAAAAACCUGCCUCAAGUGCGAAGCCUCGAUGUGUGCCGAGCAUCUAAGGCAUCACACCGAGAGUGCGGUCUUCAAGAACCAUCUCCUCGUCGACCCCACUGCCGACGUAUCCCGGUGGAAGUGCACGGAGCACCAGGAGCUACUGAAGAUUUACUGUAAAGAUGACCAAGUGUGUGUCUGCACCCUGUGCACUUUAAUCGGCAAACACAAGGACCACAGCUGCGAGAGCAUCGGUGAGGGAGAGAAGGAGCUGAGGAAUCAUUUGCAACAUCAGCUCCAGAAGAUCCGAAAUAAUGUUGAAGCUGUUCAAUUAGUUCUGAGCAACCUUCACAAAGAGAAGAAGAAUGCACAGAGCAUAAAAAGAAAUGUACAAGUGAAAAUUAAAGCAAAAUAUGAGACCCUGAGGAAGCACAUCGACAAGGAGGAGAGGAGAGUACUGCGGUUCCUGGAAAGUGAACAUAAUUGCUUCGCUACGGAGAUUGAUGGCGAAAUCAUUGAGCUGGAAGGGAAAGUGAAAGACUUUGAAAAGUCGUUUUCUGAUCUCGGUGAACUUCUGAAGCACAAUGAGGAGCUUUCAUUUAUCCAGCAACUGAAUUCGAUGGCAGACAGAUUGAAGGAAGCUUCUGAACCGUUCGUGGCAGAGACUCCUACCUUUGAUCUGGGUAAAACUGUUGUGGAAAGGCUUGCAGACUGGGUCCAGGGACAGUAUGUGGCAGCACCUCCACCAACUCUGGGGAGUAACUUCCUGGUCAGUAUGUAUGGACAAACGCCGAGUAUGGAUCCCCGCACGGCAUUUCCACACCUGAUCCUGUCCACUGGCAACCUCUCUGUGUCGGGUUCCAAACACCGGCAGCCUUACCCGGACAGCCCCAAGAGGUUUGACUACUGGUGGCAGGUUAUGUGUACGGAGAGAGUAAGCUGUGGCCGCUGCUACUGGGAGGUGGAGGUGGGCGGAGAGCGCCGCCGCUGGGACAUCGGAGUGUGUUACGAGAGCCUGAGCCGGAAGGGAGAGGGGAAAGAAUGUUCUCUGGGACAGAACAAGGAAUCAUGGUGCCUGUACUCUGAACCUGGUAGUCUUGCAGCCUUGUACGAUGACAACGUUACCAGGCUGACUGUUCCCCUGCCCAGUAGGGUGGGUGUAUUUGUGGACUUUGAAGCUGGAAUUAUUUCCUUUUACAGUGUAGUGGACAAGCAAUUAUCUCUGUUACACACCUUUCGGCAGCAAGCGUUCACUAAACCCCUCCACCCAGCACUGGGAGUGGCCGAUUUCACCACCUCCCUGGCACUGUGCACUCUUAAGUAAUAAUCUCAGCAAUGAUAAUACUUUAGAUGUAAAGGAAGAAUGACUGAAACAUAAGAAAAUACAAAAUAGAAACAGCAAUAGGCCACAUAUCUGCCCUGCCCUACCCUUGCACAAAACCUGGCUGAUCUUUACCUAGAUAAACCUUUGCCUUCAGACUUCCCGUGUCCAAACAUCCAUUGCUCAUCCAUACUCAGUGACCGGAGAUCAGAGGAAGAGGGUAAUAGUGGAUGGGCGUUGUUUGUACUGGGUCUGUAAUAAGUAGAGUGUAGGUGGUCUGAUUAGUAAGUUUGGAGGCAACGUGGAAAUUGGUAUAGUCAUAGAUGAUGAAGAAGAUUAUUUAAAGAUACAGCAGGACAUAGAUCAGCUGGAGAGUUGGGUAGAUGGGUGGCACGUGGAAAUUAAUACAGACCAAUGUGAGGUAUCACAGUUUGAGAAGUCAAAUUCUGGUGGGACAUGUGGAAUAAAUCGCAGGGACAAGAGCAUUUAUGUUUGGAGGGAACUUGGGGUGCAAGUUUAUAGCUUGCUGAAAGUAGUGACACACGUGGAUGAUGUAAUCAAGAAGGCAUUUAAUAAGUUUGCCUUCAUAGGCUGAAGCUUUGAGUAUAAUAGUUGGAACAUCAUGUUGCAGUUGUACAAAACAUUGGUUAGAUUACACUUGGAGUUUCAUGUACAAUUCUUAUUGCUACACAACAGGAAGAAUGUGGCAGCAACAGAGAGAAUGCAAAAAAGGUUCACAAGAACUUUGCCUGAACUGAAGGUCUUAUAUUUACUGGGAAUAGAGAGGCUGGAUUUAAGCAUAGGCUUAAGGGAAGAGGCAAAAUAUUUCAGAGGGACCUUGAGGGCAACUUUUUCAUGCAGAGAGUAGAUUGUGUCUGGAAUGAGCUGACUGAGGAAGCUACAGAAAAAAAAAUCCAAUCACAACUUUAAAAAUACAUCUGGAUAGAUAUAUGGAUCGGACGGGUUUCGAAGGGUAAGGACCGAAUGCAGGCACAUUGGAUUAAAUGAGUGACUUUUCCUGUUGAGUGAACAGUUCAUGAGCCUUUGGCUCACCCAAUAAAAUACCAGCAUUGUACCUAUUUGCUAUGAACAUCAGCAUGUACCCCAACCCUAGAAACUACACAUGAGUCCAUGGGGACUUCUACUGCAAUCUUGUCUGCAGAAGGACACAAAUUGACCCUCCAGAUAGCUUCAAUGCCAGGGCUGGAAACAACAUAAAUCUUUCAGUAGGGCAUGGUUAAUAAAGAGUAAGCAUGGAAAGUUAACACUAACAGGUUUUCGCCUUAAGAAAUGCCUAGUUUUGUCAUAACAAGCUACUUUUUCACAAGAUGGAAAAGCACAAGACUUCAUGGGAAUACCCCUGAUUAGCACUGUUCAGUUAUAUAGAAUCAAAGUGCAAUGUAGCACAAAACGGGCCCUUCACAUCAACUUGUCCAUGCCAAACAAGAUGCUGAUGACAUUUACCCAAAUAUCUUUUAAAUGUUGUUAUUGUACCUGCAUCAACUUCGUCCUCUGGUAACUCGUUCCAUUUAGAAACCACCCUCUGUGUGGAAAACUUUGCCCCUCACGUUCCUAUUAUAUAAUUCUACUCUCUCGUUCAACCUCUGCCAUCUUGAUCUUGAUUUCCCUACCCCAGGAAAAAUGCUUAUUCACCCUAUCUAUUCCUCUUGUGAUUUUAUGCACCUUUAUUAAAUCACCCCUCAGCCUAUUGCGCUACAAGAAAUAAAGUCUUAGCCUGCCCAACAUAUGGCUCAUGCUUUCGAGUACUGGAAACAUCAGGGCAAGUCACAAGCUGUGAACAUUCUGUGGUUUCUGUAGGCUGGGAAUUGACAGACUGAGAUGUUGUAUUAGAACAUCCAGCAUGGUGGGGUGUUUAAAAACGUUGACACUGAAGUUCUUUGGGGUGCACUUCUGGCAACGGUAACAUUGAUAGGACAAAUUAGAGGAGAGUAGGUGGUUGUCAGUCCAGCAGUCAUCAGAGCCUGUCAUGGCAAAAGUGAUGCUGACAUUUAAUCCUUGCCGGGACAAAGAUAUAAGACAACAGGUCCCAUGAUGUCAUAUAGUUGUCCCUCUGACCAGAAAGGGUUUGCCUUGUGACAAGGACUUGCUUCAAUCCUUUCAAGAUAGGAACUCCAUUGGAGUUAGCCUUCCCUACUCCUUUCUUGCUGUGGGUUGCAGCACAUCUAAUCCUGUCAUUGAAGCCACUCUGGAGAAUCAGUUUGUUUCAUGAUAUGGUCCAGGUUUUUUUCAGCGUGAGAGUAGGAAUCCUCUUAGGUAUCAUCCAAAGCUUCUAGGAUUCAGGUGUGAGCACCAAUGACCAUAUAAUAUUGGUUCAAUGUUAGAAUGAGUAAAAGGCCAUCAGAUAUAGGUGGAGAGGGGUGGUUCCUGAACUAGCUCAUUCUUGAUGGCAAAAGUAACUUCAUAAAACAGUGUUCCUCUUCUGUUUAUCUCUCCAAAAAGUGUAACUUUUUGGUUCAUUAAAUUGGCCAUAUUAGAAAUAGUUGAUGCUGCAGUUCUCCAGUGAUGCUGUUACUCAUCAUGCACUAGCUGGAUACUUUUACUAUUGAGCACACACCACCAAUGGAACUGGAUCUCCUUGCUGAUAUUACUCUUUCAACCCCCUGAAAUAAAUUAACAAGUUAAUUAUCUAAUUUGAUGGGUGUAGGACACUGAACAAA